AUGACACCUCCUCCUGGCCUCUGCUCGUCAUCAACCUCGAAUGUGUUUUAUGUCGACGACAUUGUCAUCACUGAGACUGAUUCUGCCCUCAUUGAUCAACUCAAGCAACAUCUUCAUGAUUCAUUCCAUAUGAAGGAUCUUGGUCCUCUCCGGUAUUUCCUUAGUUUGGAGGUUCAGUCCGAUUCCUCUGGGGACUCCUCUUCAGUCGAUACCCCUUUGGAAGUGAAUGUCAAGUAUCGACAUGAGGAGGGGGAUAUCCUUCCUGAUCCCAUGGUGUUUCGACAAUUAGUUGGUAGUCUCAAUUAUCUCACUAUUACACGGCCUGACAUCUCCUUUGCUAUCCAGCAAGUCAGUCAAUUUCUGCAGUCUCCUCGCCACCUUCAUCUUACCGCAGUCCGCCGAAUUAUUCAAUAUCUCCGGGGUUCCUCUCACCGUGGCUUGUUCUUCUCUACUGGUACUCCUCUUCGCCUUAUGGCUUUAAGUGAUACUGAUUGGGCAGGAUGUCCUGAUACUCGCCGGUCUGUCAUCGGGUGGUGUAUGUUUCUUGGUGAUUCACUUAUCUCUUAG